UGACUCAAAAUUGGAUAAAUUCAAAAACAAAGACAUUAUGUUAUAAAAAAUCCUAAAUGUCUGUGUUUCUUACCUCAAACAUUCUGUUGUUUCUUCUCCUGUUUUUGCCUACCCUAGGGAAGUUUGAUCCUAGAACGAUGACGGAAAUUGGCUACAGAUCGCUAUGCAAGGAAACUUCAGGAGCCCUGAAAUAUGGAUUCCAUAAAUUCAUUAAGAAAAAUUUGGCAAAUAUCAAGUUACAAAAAAUCAGACAAUUUGUUGUCAAUCAAGAGCGUUGUGGCCACACAUUCUUGAAACAGGUGAGAGAAACUUCAAAAAAAUAUUUUGGGUCCAUAAUUUAUUGGGGUAAUCCUCAGAGAAAAAUCUAGACAUGGAGCCAACUGGUAAACCUACUAAACCUUCUAAACCUACUAAAACCGAAGUUCACCCAUUUCAUUUGCUCAUCUACUACAAUCAGGCAUUUGGAGGAAUUGGCUUCGACGCGUUGGGCCCAGAUGAAGUCUGUUUUAUCAGACAAGACGACAAGUGUCGGGUCCCAAUUGGUUUAACGGCUGCUAAAGAGCAAAGUCCCUUGCUAAUGCACGUCGAAUCUCGAGUCAGUCUACCCGAUCACGACUGGGUUGUAGCUGAAAGGCACAAGCUAAUACCUUCUGUCUAUGCUGGGAUAAAUAUUCAGUCAAAUGGAUUAGUUAGAUCGACAAGCAGUUGGGUAUUCCGGCCGGACAUAUAUCGCUAUUAGAUCCGGCAAGCACUCUUCGUCUACGGCAUUUAGCCACGCUUUCGAUUUCGAAAAGUUAUUGCUUCUUCCCGAAUUUGAUUCGACAACUAAAUCUGGAGAAGAACGUCUCGUCAAACCAAUCGUCGUCUUCACUGUUGAUGGUGGGCCAGACGAAAAUCCCCGGUACCAGAAAGUUAUUAAAUUGCCAUUCAUCAUUUCUUCAAGCACGACCUUGACACUUGAUUCAUAGCUACCAAAACACCGGGCAGAAGCGCUUU